CUUGCGUGUUUUUCUUAAUGUUCCCGUUUCAAUAUCAUGUCGUUUGAAUACUAUACAAAGUGGUGGAUAAAGUCUCGUAAAGAUUUGGAAACUCUAACGCAACAAGAUGAGAAAGCUCGGGACAAAUUUAAACAAACAAAGGACAGAAAUUUGACCAGAGACUUGAUUGGAGGAUUGUAUGCUAAAUAUUGCAUGCUUGUACAAAAUUUGAUUACUUGUCUCGACCAACUUGCCCAGCCGCAAAAAAGAAGCACCAUUAAAAAAAUUGUAGAUUCAGCCGUUAUAAGAUUAAACGAACUUCACGAUGCACUACGAAAUAUCGAUAUCUCGGAGUAUCAUUACAUUGACGGUAACCUUAUUGAACUAAAACUGGUUCCGUACGAUGUGGAGAUUCUUAACCCUCGGAUUUUCCAUCAUAGACCUUUAGAUAUUGAGGACAUGUUGCAGGAAUUUAAGAAAGGGACAACAGUAUUAACGAAAAUUCCUGAGGAUGCUACGUUUCAAGAUGAAAAAGUUUUUCCCGAUGAAGGAGAUACGAAAGUCAUCUUCAAAACUACGAAAAUGUCGGAAAUUCAAAAAACGGUUGCUUUUGCAAAUGAAAGCCAUGAGAAAAUUGAUCAAAAGAACAUCAAGUACUUUAUUAAUUUGAUUCAAACGGCGGAAAGAGCAAGGCAGGCAAGAGUAUAUUUUUUCGAAAAGAAUUUAAAUUUAAAAAGGAGAAAGAAACUUAUGAUGCUUGGGGCUGACAUAAUUCCACCAGCUCCGCUUGCCCUUCAAACCGUUGCUGCCACAAAAAUACAAAAGCUCUGGAGGGGAUACCGAUCGAGAAAAUAUUUGAAAUACAGAGAGGAUCAACGAAGGCUCUUGAUUGGUAUGACCGAAUCGAGUUGCAAAUCCAAAAGGGAGUUCGAAAUAUUUGAGGAGAAUCUAGAAAACCGCCGCCGAUACGGACAACAGAAAAUCAGGGAAUAUAUUCAAGCAAUUGAUAGAGAAAAAGCGAGAAUUUUAAGGGUCGUAGCUCCGGGUUUGUUCGAGGAUAUUGAAGAUGAAAUAAGAGAAUGGUUUCGACGAUGGUUUUCAAUUGCAAAAACGUUUGACAACUAUCCGUCCGAAGAAAAGGGAGGCACGAUAUUAUUGGUGCGUGGUGAAACUCUUACACCGGAAGAAUAUAUGGAAGAAUACGAAAGAAAAAGGCGCGAGCAAAUAAAAUCAGGUGGCAAAGAUAACCAACGAAAAAAGAAUGAGAGGGAACAGAAAACGAAAGAGGAGAAGAAAAAAUCUGAAAAUAAAAGAAAAAAAGAAGCGAGCAAAACAAAAAAGAAACAUCCCGGGGAGUUUGAAUAUCAGUUUGACGAAUCCCUCUCGAAAGAUCUCCGAAAAUUAGGGGAAGAAGAAUACAAAGUGCUCUGGAGUGAAAGAAAUGAGCGCGAUAAUCCUGAAGAAAACCCGUACGUUGAUCUUAUUACUGAACAACAAUGCUAUGAAACACAGCUGGAAGUCAGGAAGGCUGUUGAUGAGAUUAUGAGAAUGGAAUUGGACGUUCUUCAAGAAGCACUCGCUUUUGAUAAACGUAAAAAAUACAAAAAGAAAAAGGUCAAACGACGUAAAGGCAAGAAAAAAGGUAAAAAAGACCCGACAGCCCAUCGGACUGUUGAAGAUCUCUUUCACGAACUUGUAUCGAACAAAAUAAUUCGAACGUAUCCGGUCGCUAAGUUGGACGAAUUUAAGGGGGAUUUCAGCUACAAAAACAGCGAACUGAGGCAAAUUGAAUUGGACCCCCCCGGGGCUUUGCUCGAUGUUCGGCAGGCGAUUGCGUUAAAUUGUAUUCUUCCUCUUGGUGUUGAGGCAAUGAAAAAGCCAAGAUCCGUUUUAAUAGCUGGUCCCAAACAUAGUGGCAAACACUUUCUUGCAAACGCAAUUUUAACGCACACUCAAUCCGUUCUAUUUGAUUUGUCGCCUGAAAUUACCGCUGAUAAAUAUCCCGGAAAUAAGGGUUUAACGAUGCUAAUACAUCUCGUUACGAAAAUGUCGAAAUUGCUUCAACCCUCUAUUAUCUUCUUUGAUGGCGCCGAAAAGAUUUAUUACAAGAAGGUACCGAACCACGAAAAACACCUGGAACCCAAAAGAAUCGGGAAAAGGUUGGUGAAAGGUAUCGUCAAAACAAUUAAACCCGAAGAUCGCGUUUUGGUGCUGGGUAUAACGGACGUCCCUUGGUUAGCACAAACUGGUAGAUUGAGAAACGCAUUUGAGCGGGUGAUUUUGAUUCCAAGGCCAGAUUAUAAUAGCGUUUACCUAUUCUGGAGAGACUUUUUAAAUGCGUUUCCUUCGGUAGACAGAAAUUUCAAUUAUACCGCAUUAGCCACAGUCACAACUUAUUAUCCUUACAAAGUGUUAAAGGAAGUUGUAGAGAGAGUAUUAACUCCGAGAAGGAUUAUUCAGCUGAAAUUCAAUCCCCUGAAGGCAGAAGAGUUUUACGAAAUAUUAGUCUCGGAACGAAUUGAGCCAAUUACCGACAAGGAGUAUCAAAAAUUUACAAAAUGGUACGCUAAGACAUCAUUAGGUAGAGAAAGGGCACAAUUUAACAAAUGGGUAGAGUCCAAGAGAGACGCGGAAGCAAAAGCAAACGAAAAACAACAAAAGGGAAGAAGAUAAUUCACUUAUUAAAGGCGCUAACGCUUUUACGACUCUGUUCGGACUGAUUCGUUGAAAGUAAUAUGAUUUGUGGAAGUAUUUUUUGCUGCUUGAACACGGCCGUUGUCGAAAAAUAAAGGAUUUUUUCUCUUUAUUUUAGCUAUGUGUACGAAAUCAA